AUGGAAUGUCACAAGGCCAAGAACCUGGUGCCGGAGUCAGGGGGCAACGCCACACGCACAGGAGAGGCCGUUAUGGAGUUGCAGGCGAAGCUACCGAACGCGCGAGUGGUGUACUGCAGUGCGACGGGGACAUCGGAGCCACGGCACGUGGGGUACAUGACACGCCUGGGGCUGUGGGGCGAUGGCACGCCCUUCCUCAACUUCCAACACUUCCUCGGCACGAUUGACAAGAGGGGAGUGGGAGCACUGGAGCUCAUGGCUAUGGACAUGAAAGCGCGGGGCAUGUACGUGUGUCGCACGCUGAGCUUUGACGGCGCGGAGUUUGAAGUGGUGCACGUGCCGCUGGAGCCCAGCAUGCAGGAGAUGUACUCCAAGGCGGCGCAGCUGUGGGCGGAGCUGAGGGCGGACAUGAUAGCAGCGGCGCUCGCCCUGUCCUCUGCGCAGACCGCCUCUGCCUCCGACUCCUCCAAACGCUCCUCCGCCAAUUCUGUCUGGCGCACCUUCUGGGCCGCGCACCAGGUGCUGGGAGGGAUGAGGGGAAAGAGGGUGGGGCGUUUCUUCCGCCAUCUGUGCAUCAGCGCCAAGGUGCCAGCAGCGGUGCGCAUGGUGCAGCGGGCAAUAGCGGAGGGCAAGUGCGUGGUCAUCGGGCUGCAGAGCACGGGCGAGGCCCGCACCGACGAGGCUGUUGCUAAACUGGUGCGCUGGGGAGAGGGGUGGGGAAGGGAGGGGGCGCUGUGCGUGGAUGCUUGGGAGGGGCUGGGGGGAAGGGAAUGGGGCAACUUGGCUGGCACGGAGAUGGACGACUUUAUGGACGACUUUGUGAGCGGCCCCAGGGAGAUCCUGCUCAAGCUCGUGGAGGAGACCUACCCGCUGCCCCCGCCACCGGCCCUGCCCAAACCGGCAUCGGAGACAUCAUCGGACGACAGUGACUUCCAAGGGGACAUCUGCCAGAUCUGCCACGACGAGGAGCUGUCUGGGUCGCUGGUGGCAUGUGCGGUGUGCUCGCGUGUCGGCCACGUGGCAUGCUUUGAGAGGCACACCGGCAGAAGCGGAGGUUACCACCCCUGGUUGGCUGACGCCCCCCGAGGCCACGUCAGCACCAGGUCAGCAGCAGGCAGCGAGCGGCUGGCGGGAGGAACGAGGAGGCAAGGAGGUGACGUGGCGAGCCCAAUAGACCUGGGAGAUGAUGACGUGGAUGAGGAGGAGGAGGAGGAUGCGAGGGAGGAGGCAGAGGAGGGGAGUGUUGAGGAGGGGAGGAAAACGAAGAGCAGGAAGGCAGGAGGGAGCAGCAGCGGAAGUGAAGGGGGGAGCAGCGGGCAGGAGGAGGAGGGGGAGGCGCAGGUGCCGUGGCUGUGUGGGGAGUGUGACAAGACAACGAGUGAGAUUCGCAUGGAGAGAGAGACUUACCUCACGGAGAUGGAAGCCAGGUAUAACAUUGCUGUUGCUCGCAAGUCCGAGAUCAUGGAAGCCAUCAGGAAGCUUCCUCUGCCCAAUAAUCCCUUGGAUGAGCUCAUCGACAAGCUGGGCGGGCCAGAGGCAGAGGCGGAGAUGACAGGGCGGAGGGGCAUGCUGGUGCGCACGACUGCUGCGGGGGGAGGCAAGGGCACUGUCAGUUACCAGGCUCGGAACUCGUGA